CACGAUAAUAACAACGAUAACACCCACGAUAACAGCUACGAUGAUGGCCACGGUGGCCUUCAUAUGUACUGUAGUUAUGAUAAAGAACGCUACGCUGAAAUCCCUCAUACCUCCUAAAGGUCGGGUACAGCCCUCCUUCACGUCGGGUAUUUUCGUCAAGUGUGUCGACAAGCAUCCGAUCUUCCAAAGGGCCUUGAGAAGCGGACCGGCCGGACAUCUAGAGUCACGAAAGCUAGCAUUGAACACAUCAUGAAAACACACCUAUUCGCUCUUUAUAUUCCAAACCGGCUUUGUUGAUAUCUGCCUGACCACGAACACUUGGACCUCUUCUUCUUCUUCUUGAAGCAUAAGAUAGGCUUAAAUU